AUGGAUGACUUCGAGGCAAUUCUAAGUGAUUUGGUACUUGAGAAUGAACCUAUUGAGAAGGAACUCUCUUCUUUGGGUCUGAAGUGGCACUCUUUCGACGACCUUUGCCAGGCGCUACGUUCCGAAACUGUCACCGACAACAUCACAAAUCGCGACUGCUAUGACAUCCUAGCGCCCCAACGGCCCCAACAACCAAAGACACAAAAGGCAACCGGGAAAACGCCCCGGACAAGCGAUAAAGAAGAUGUCGUGACUAGAAUCGCCUACUGCGUGCCAAGCGUGACGCAGAGUUCCGGAAUCAAGAUCUUGUGGAAAGGGAUCAGCGGAAGUUAUCGCUCUGUGAAGAAAAUUGAACCAUCCCGAACGUUGACGGAAGUCAAACACGAAGCCCUACGACUCUACGACGCGUUUCAGGAGCAGGCUCAUGCAGUUCGCAACCGCACAUACAUCACCUACAUUGCCCGGAAGCGAAUCAAGCAUUCACUAUCCAUCAACAAAUCGUCUGGCUUUACUGUCUUUGUUGAGGAAUAUCAACCAUUAGAUGGUCUUUGCCCAACACUCGCACGAGAUAUCAUGGCACAGCCGGCGAAAGAUAUCGAAUGUCUUUUGUGUUGUAUCACUGGAAUAAAAUUUGGGAUCAGAGUUUUUCCUUUGUCUUUAUUUACAGCAAUAGGCUAG